AUGACUACCAGUGCUUCUAGCAGUAGUAGAAAUACCAAAAACCAACUACUAGCAGAGGAAGAAAAAGAAGCUAAAUCUCAAACUCAAACUCAUUCAUGGCUGCAGAGGAAAACAUCACAAGCUUCAGAACACAGAUGCACGUGCAGAUCCUUGGGCGAGAAAUGCAGCCAUCUAGUGAAGAAGCAGAGGGCGAAAUUCUACAUUCUCCGUCGUUGCAUAACAAUGCUAAUCUGCUGGGAUGAUCACAGCAGUGACACUUGAGCUCAGUUGUACUUCUUACUAAUACAAGUUUGAUCUAUAUAUGUAAUAUGUAUAUGACUAACAUGUAGUUUUACUCAUCUAUAAAGCAGUUGCAUUGUGAAAUAUUCAUUAAUUUAGCUUUUCA